AUGGAGGUGCUGGUUGCGCUCGGCUACCUCUCGGCCCUCGCCGUCUAUGGGUUCCCGAUGCUUACCACCAUGCGCGACGUCAAGCGGGCACAGUCCGUCGGGCGCCGCUCCGCCGUGCCGUACGUCGCCGCGCUUCUCACCUGCGGCUUGUUCGUGCUGUACGGGCUCACGCCUCCGCGCCGGGAGGCCCUCAUCGUCCGCAACGCCUUGGGCGUGCCGUUCCAGGCCGUCUACACCGGAGUCUUCCUCUUCUACUACGCCCCGGUACACCGGGUGCUCUCCCUCCUCUACAUCGUUCCUGGGUUGGUCGGAUUCGGAGCGCUGCUGGGCUUCUUCUUCGCCGGCAUGCUGGACGCGCUGGUGCUUGGCUACCUGUGCGCCGCCGCCGGAUCGGCAACACCUCUGCUUCCCUUCCUCCGUGUGCGCAUCAUCUGGGGGACCAGGUCCAUGGAAGGCAUGCCGUCGGCACUGCUGGCCACCUUCUCCAUCAUCAACGGCUUCAUAUGGACAUACAAUACCUUUGAGGCAAAACCUCGGGACUUGCUGACAGUGGUUCCCAACGGGGUGGCUGCGCUCUCCGCAGUGCUCCUGCUCCUGAUGCACUUGGCCUGCUGGCUCUGGAAGCCGAAGCCGGUCACCCACGCCGCCGACGACACCAAGACGCCGCUCCUGCCAGCGACGGAGCCGCCUACCGAUUCACUCGAGGGAGACGGCCGCGGCCAGGAUGGCAACGUCGCCGGCGGCGUCGACAACAUCGCCUAG